GCGCGGUGGGAGGAGGAGUAGAAGACAAAAGCCGAACGCGAGAACGCACCGCGACCGGGAGGGAGCCGUCUGUCUGGCCAGCGAGCAGCGGGCGCGAGGAGGCCGCGCUGCACGGGGCACCCGAGUGGACAGGCAGCAUGGGGAAGGGGGGCAACCAGGGCGAGGGGGCCCCCGAGCGGGAGGCGACCAUGCCCACCUUCAGCUGGGAGGAGAUUCAGAAGCACAACUUGCGCACCGACAAGUGGCUUGUCAUCGACCGCAAGGUCUACAACGUCACGAAGUGGUCCCAGCGGCACCCGGGGGGCCACCGGGUCAUCGGGCACUACGCGGGAGAAGAUGCUACGGAUGCUUUCCGGGCCUUCCACCCCAACCUGGAUGUUGUGGGCAAGUUCCUGAAGCCCCUGUUGAUUGGCGAGCUGGCCCCAGAGGAACCCAGUCUUGACCGUGACAAGAAUUCUCAGAUCACGGAGGACUUCCGUACCCUGAAGAAGACGGCUGAAGACAUGAACCUGUUCCAGGCCAACCACCUGUUCUUCCUGCUCCUGCUGGCCCACAUCAUCGUCAUGGAGAGCAUCGCCUGGUUCAUUGUCUUCUACUUUGGCAAUGGCUGGAUCCCCACGGUCAUCACAGCCUUUGUGCUGGCUACCUCUCAGGCCCAGGCUGGAUGGCUCCAACAUGACUACGGCCACCUUUCUGUCUACAAGAAGUCCACCUGGAACCACAUUGUCCACAAGUUCAUCAUUGGCCACUUGAAGGGUGCCUCGGCCAACUGGUGGAACCAUCGCCACUUCCAGCAUCACGCCAAGCCCAACGUCUUCCACAAGGACCCGGAUGUGAAGAUGCUGCAUGUGUUUGUCCUGGGCGAGUGGCAGCCUGUCGAGUAUGGCAAGAAGAAGCUCAAGUAUCUUCCCUACAACCACCAGCAUGAAUACUUCUUCCUGAUUGGGCCGCCGCUGCUCAUCCCCAUGUACUUCCAGUAUCAAAUCAUCAUGACCAUGAUCGUCCACAAACACUGGGUGGACCUGGCCUGGGCCAUCAGCUACUACAUCCGGUUCUUCUUCACCUACAUCCCUUUCUACGGCGUCCUAGGAGCCAUCCUUUUCCUCAACUUCAUCAGGUUCCUGGAGAGCCAUUGGUUUGUGUGGGUCACUCAGAUGAACCACAUCGUCAUGGAGAUUGAGCUUGAAUCGUACCGUGACUGGUUCAGCAGCCAGCUGGCAGCCACCUGCAACGUGGAACAAUCCUUCUUCAACGACUGGUUCACUGGGCACCUCAACUUUCAGAUUGAGCACCACCUCUUUCCUACCAUGCCCCGGCAUAAUUUGCACAAGAUCGCCCCGUUGGUGAAGUCCCUGUGUGCCAAGCAUGGCAUCGAGUACCAGGAGAAGCCCCUGCCCAGGGCCUUGUUGGACAUCAUCAGGUCCCUGAAGAAAUCCGGGCAGCUGUGGCUGGACGCCUACCUCCACAAAUGAGGCCGCAGCCCUCGGGGCACCCACGGGGACGGGGACAGGGCCCAGGUGGGGGGUGACGGCUACAUGGAGGGGUGGGCUUCUGUUCUUAGGGUGCCUAUGAGGCUGGGUCACAUGCCACCCCAUGUAUCCUGGGCUUGGUGUUUUCUCCCUUUUUCUUCUUUGCCUUCUCUGCUCCCCCAUCCCUGCCCUCCGUCCGCUGCCUCCCAGUCCCUUCUCAGGAGUGCAGGGAGAGGUGGUCGCAGGAGGUGGCUCUGUCCCUCCCUCUCUCCCUCCAGCCUCUGCCUCUGGAGACCUAUAGGGGCCCAGGAAGGGUCACCCCUCUCAUAACCAGCCACCAGGGUCACACUCCCCACUUUUGCCCCGCAGACCCCCAGGUCCGUGGGGUAGGGUGCUAGCCGGGCAAGGCUCCCUGGCCACUGUCUUCUUCUCUGACCCCGCCAGUGGUGUGCCCAUCAUAAGCUGUGCCUUGUGUCCUGGGACUCCCUCCUGGGGUCUCCCCUGAGCCUGCAGUGCAGCUCACCCAGCCCUAGAGGCCCCGGGACAACAUCCGCUGCAGUGCCCACAGGGUAGCCUGGCCUCGGGGCUUGUGCAGGCACUGUGGCUCUGCCCUCCCCACCCCAGGGCCUUUGGCCUCAGGACCCCAGGGCCUAAUGCCCACCUCCAGCCCACCUGCCAUGGGCACAGCAGAGGCCUUCCAUGCCCAGCAGGGACCUCUGUCAUCAUGGGGUGGCCUAAGAUUCCAGAGCCCUCAGACCUCCAAAAUGCUCCGUCAGCCUCUGGGCAGUGCCAGCCACCUGCCAGAGGCCAUCACGGCCUCGAGGUCUUGCCACAGGUUGAUUGUGCUGUCUGUCCCGUCACUGCCGUGACUACAUCUUGACCUUAUGCUGGGGCAGUGUGCUGUAAGGAGGGUGGCAGCGGGGCUGGGCUUGGGAAACAUCUCACAGGGCAUC